GGCCCAGAGCGCGCGGCGGCCGGGAGCUCGCCGGCCCCUGACAGCCCCCUCCCCCCGGUGGACGACGACGACGACUACGAGGGCGCGAGUCAUGGCGGAGCAGCGAAGCCUGCGGGGGCCCUGAGCGCCGCCGCAUGGAGCGGGACGAACGGCCGCCCAGCGGAGCGGGAGGCGGCGGGGGCUCGGCGGGGUUCCUGGAGCCGCCCGCCGCGCUCCCUCCGCCGCCGCGGAACGGUUUCUGUCAGGAUGAAUUGGCAGAACUCGAUCCAGGCACUAAUGGGGAGACUGACAGUUUAACACUUGGCCAAGGUCACACACCUGUUUCUGUUCCAGAUGAUCGAGCUGAACAACGAACCUGUCUUAUUUGUGGGGAUCGUGCUACAGGCUUGCACUAUGGGAUCAUCUCCUGUGAGGGCUGCAAAGGCUUUUUCAAGAGGAGUAUCUGCAACAAGCGUGUGUAUCGGUGCAGUCGUGAUAAGAACUGUGUCAUGUCCCGGAAGCAGAGGAACAGGUGCCAGUACUGCCGCUUGCUCAAGUGUCUCCAGAUGGGCAUGAACAGGAAGGCUAUCAGAGAGGAUGGCAUGCCUGGAGGCCGGAAUAAGAGCAUUGGGCCAGUGCAGAUAUCAGAAGAAGAGAUUGAAAGAAUCAUGUCUGGACAAGAGUUUGAGGAAGAAGCCAAUCACUGGAGCAACCAUGGUGACAGCGAUCACAGUUCCCCUGGGAACAGAGCUUCAGAGAGCAACCAGCCCUCGCCAGGCUCCACAUUGUCAUCCAGUAGGUCUGUGGAACUAAAUGGAUUCAUGACAUUCAGGGAUCAGUACAUGGGGAUGUCAGUGCCUCCACAUUAUCAAUACAUACCACACCUUUUUAGCUAUUCUGGUCAUUCACCACUUCUACCUCCACAAGCUCGAAGCUUGGACCCUCAGUCCUACAGUCUAAUACACCAGCUGAUGUCAGCCGAAGACCUGGAGCCGUUGGGCACACCCAUGUUGAUUGAAGAUGGAUAUGCUGUGACACAAGCAGAGCUGUUUGCUCUGCUUUGCCGCCUGGCCGACGAGUUGCUCUUUAGACAAAUUGCCUGGAUCAAGAAGCUGCCUUUCUUCUGCGAGCUCUCAAUCAAGGAUUACACGUGCCUCUUAAGCUCUACAUGGCAGGAAUUGAUCCUGCUCUCUUCCCUCACAGUUUAUAGCAAGCAGAUCUUUGGGGAGCUGGCUGAUGUCACUGCCAAGUACUCGCCGUCUGAUGAAGAGCUACACAGAUUUAGUGAUGAAGGAAUGGAGGUGAUUGAACGACUUAUCUACCUAUAUCACAAGUUCCAUCAGCUGAAGGUCAGCAAUGAGGAGUAUGCUUGCAUGAAAGCAAUUAACUUCCUGAAUCAAGAUAUCAGGGGUCUGACCAGUGCCUCACAACUGGAACAACUGAAUAAGCGGUAUUGGUACAUUUGUCAGGAUUUCACUGAAUAUAAAUACACACAUCAACCAAACCGCUUUCCUGAUCUUAUGAUGUGCUUGCCAGAGAUCCGAUACAUUGCAGGAAAGAUGGUGAAUGUGCCCCUGGAACAGCUGCCCCUCCUCUUUAAGGUGGUACUGCAUUCCUGCAAGACAAGUGCAGUGAAGGAGUGACCUGUUCCCAGCACUGCCGCGGUGCCAGCCGUGCCUGGGCGGGCAGGACAGGCUCCAGAGGAAAGAGCCAGAGAAGACCAAGAUGGAGACUGUGGAGCAGCUGCCUCCAUCACAAGAAGAAUUUGUUUGUUUGUCUGUUUUUAACCUCAUUUUUCUAUAUAUUUAUUUCACGACAGAGUUGAAUGUAUGGCCUUCAACAUGAUGCACAUGCUUUUGUGUGAAUGCAGCAGAUGCAUUUCCUUGCAGUUUACAGAAUGUGAAGAUGUUUAAUGUUACCGUGUUGUCAUUGUUUAGGAUAGUUCUUUUGUACUUUGAGGGAGAGGGUGGGGUGGCGUGAGUAGACUAUUUCCAUAAUGCUGACAAAGACAACUACCUCAAUGGAAACAGGGACAUGACCACCCUACCUUUUUAUAGCCCCAGAGAAAUAUGCCAAAGGAGCAAAACAGUACAGGGAGACUUACUAGCUAGGUGGGCAGGACGUUUGAGAAGCAGGUUUUAUUUUAGCCCUCAAUGUUUGGUGAGGAUUAACCAUCACCUCAUCCCACAAGCCCAAAGGGCAGAAACUUGUGCUCCUCCCUCUGCUGCGCCCUCCCACCCCACACACUGUUGUCUGUUGAAUGCUGCUGUCGGGUUUUCGUCCAGGGAGAGUCCUGACUAUAAAUCAGUCUGUAGGACUUGCCUCCCAAUUGCCCAGUCUCCUGACCCAGUCUACCAAGGCCUUCCUUCUUUAGACUCCAUCCCUCCUCCUAUAGAUUUGACUCCCUGUCCUUUAGAAAGGUAACAGAAAAAUGCCCUGUUCUGUCAUUUCUCAUUUGUUCUCCUUUAACUUGUUUCCCUCAAAGGGUAGAAGGAUGAAGGCCAGGCUGCUGAAAGAAUAGACUCCUUUGGAAGCCCCUGUUCUCACCCUUAUCCUUAGAACGAAAUCUAAAACUUGUUUAGUUUUUGUAUUUUGGUGGUGGUGGUGGUGGUUUGGUUUGGUUUUGGGUUUGUUUUUUUUUGUUUUGUUUUGUUUUGUUUUUGUUUUGAGAAAGGGUUUCUCUGUGUAGCCUUGGUUGUCCUGAAACUCACUCUGUAGACCAGGCUGGCCUCAAACUCAGAGGUCCACCUGCUUCUCCCUCCGAGUGCUGGGAUUAAGGGUGUGCACCACCACCGCAUGGAUAAAACUGCCAUUUUUAAACAGUAGAAAGAACCAGAUACUUGACUCCUAAAUUUUGUUGUAAGCUCUCCUGUUAUUUCCAAAAUGAGAUCAGUAUACCAGAGCUCUAGAGCAGAAAGCCAAGACCCAGAGAUGCCCCAGUUAUUCCUUCAACUCUCAUCAGUGGUUUGGUCUACCGAGGCCUAGAGGGAUGGACCCAGAAGUACCUGGAAGGGAAAGGGGCUUUAAACUACCUCAUGUGUCUCAGGGCUUGCCUACUGCCUCUGCAGAUGUAGCCUGGAGCCCUUGUGCUUUAUUGCCUGCCCACCUCAUUCUAGGAAAAGUUCCUGCCUCCAGACUUCGGCUCAGGCUACACCUAGCUUGUCAUAGUUGUUUGAGCUGCUUUUCCUUUCUUUGCCCUCAGCAGGCCUUCCUACAGUUGCUGCCCCAGACAGCUGCUUCACUGGUGCAUCCCUUGGCUGGCCUGCUGCAUCCACAGCAUCUCCUUGAGCCUCUUUGGUCAGGAACUGUUUACUUUACCCCAGUGAAGCCUAGUUCACUUACCCAGGAGGCUGCUGCAUCUUGUGUAUUCUAAGUAGUCUUCACUAGAGCUUUUCUCUCUAGUAAAAUGUUACGGGUACCAGCAAAGUGACACUCAAUGUCUCUUGAUGUCCAAAGCUCAGAGCAUUACUUCUCAGUCUUAUUCACUAGCCACACUGAGAAAGAAAGAAAGAGAUGUGUUUCUCAGGAAAGUUCCAGACAGAAUGUUUUUCACAGGUUGGUAGAAAGAUAUGUGUGUGUUGAUGUGUCUUUUAGUUUCUAAGCUCACAAUAUUUUUCUUGUUUGCCUGAAUUUUUGCAUUUAACCAAGCAGAUCACAUUCUUUGGCUCCAGGUCAGAGUCUCAGCUGCUUUCCUCAAGCUAGAAAUCAGAGACACCUCUUAGAGACAGUGCCUGUGCGCGGCAGCUUUCUUUGCAUAGACCUCCAUUUGUUAAAUUGUUAAUUUUUGAAAUUGCUUUUCAAAUUAGCAUUUUACCUGGUGUGUUGAAUGUCAGAGCUCUGAUGAGGCAGGAAUAUGUCUCUCCGAUAAUGUAGUAUUAAACAGAGCAAGUUGUUAAUUUGUAGAGUGGGGGAAAGGGUUUGCAAGUUGCCAUCAUACAAAUCCAUUUUUACAAAUGUUUGCAGCAGAUUCCACAGAACAAAGAGCCCAUUCAUUGCCAAGAGCCCUGCAGAAUCUCUGAGCCAAGUGGCUGUGUGUUCUGAGCUGGAGCCUGACCUGUGGACCGCCUUUAAUGUCUUCUGCUCCCGGUCCUUUUAUGACACGGGCAUCUUUAAACAGGGUAAAGUGAGUGUGCUGCAGACUCAGGUGUGGUGAGGAGAGGGAGGAGUGCAGCUAGCAGCGUGGAGACAUUAGGUCAGCCACUAGAUGUAUUUGUGAUUUUGGUUUGAAGGACACAGAGAAAGGUUGGAGGGGGAGGUUUGGUGUGCUUGUUUUUUGCCUUUUUUUUCCCAUAAUGUUUGGUUAACAGGCAGCCUUUUUGCUAGUGGAAAAAGGAAAAAAUUUGUGCACAUUGUUUCUCAUUCUUCUUUUUUCUACCCUUUCUGAUCCUGGCCACUAAAAGUACUCACUUUGAGUGAGAAUUUUUCCACCAUAAAAAAUAUACCCCAAAAGCCUUCUUGCACUAUGCCAGGACAUAAAGGCAUCCCCUUCCUUUUCUUGUGUUUUUGGAGUCUUGGAUCUUUGUAGUUGUAUCCGGCUCCCAUUACAAACCUUCAGUGUCCUUUGCGGGGUUUGCUGGUCUCGCCCUUAGUUUGGAGAAAUUCCCUACAACUAUCUCAUCUCCAGGCACUCCACCUGGCUUAGGACAGCUGAAGGGGCCAUCAUAGAAUAAGGAGGGAGAGGAGAACACAGAGGCAUCACCCAGAGUGGCCCGUCCCACACGUAGCCUACCUCUGACUUGCCCCACUAUUCAGGGAAGUGCAUGUUGCCUUGGUCUGAGCCAGCUGUCUAGCCUGCUGCCCUGCAUCUCUCUUGUUUGUUCUUGACUUCCUGAGUAAUGGGACGGAUAGGCAGAAGGCAGUCUUUAAGUUGUGGCCAAGGUUAGCUAAACUAAAGGGGCCCUGGCCUCCCGUAGGGCAGAAAGCUGAGCAGUUGCUCUGUGUCUCUGCCUCUGCAACACUGUUCUUUUGUUACUUUUUAAUUUUUAAAUUGCAGUUUUUAAGAAAUUCAUCCUUUCCGACCAGUUCUUCUAUUAAACUUUGAUUUUUUUUUUUUUUUUAAGUUUAGAAAGAAAACCCAUUAACUGACUCCCCCACCUUGGUCCAUGGGAAUACCCACACGCCCCUCUGCCAUUGAUCCUCCUCCCUUUUCCUCAUGCCCAGUGUCUGUGAAGUAGUGUUUUAUCUGUGUCUUAGGAUGAAAAACGGCAAUCAUUCCACCAGGUGCUGGAAACUGGUCAGCCUUGAAGCAGGCGCUUUUGGGACCACAGCUCAGGGAUGUGUAUUUAAUUACAGGGUCCCCAGAAAGCCCUCUUUUGGCUGCCACAAGUAACAUCUUUCCUGGAGUCAAACCCUGAGUGCUUCCUCAGGGUGCAGCCACAGUCUACUGAGCUGGAAGCAGGCUGCCUCCUUGGCUAGGUCUGGGCUUCCUCAAGUCUUCAUCCAUCCUGCACAUGAGCUUCUAUGGUGCUCCUGGGAGGCCUGGCCCUUCUGCCCAGGACCAGUCCUCUUCUCAGGCUGUGGUCCUAAACAGACACCAGCUUGCAUGGGUAUCAGUUGGAGGCUUAAGUGGAAGCUGUGGGAAAGGCCAGGGCCUACUGCAAACCCAAGAAAAAUGUGCUACUGGUGGGGGCUAGUUUUCCAGACCCUGAAGCCAGCGCUGCCAGCCAAAGGGUUCUCUUGCUCUUUGGUGACCUUUUUCUUAGCAGAAAUAUAAUAGGUGAUAAUGUGUUUGACUCAGAUUUCCAUGGGGGAAAAAAAACUACCUCUUGAGUGACAUCCUGGUUGGUUCCUCUCUGAGGAGUCUGUGGGAAAAGAAUACUGUCGUUCCCAUGCUGUUUACAUGUUUCUGUCGGGAACGUAACCCUGGACUGUUGGUGUUUUUGUCUGUGUUGCCAUCCCAGGCCUGCGAUAGGGGCUUGUGGCUGCAUUGUAAUGUCUGGGCAGUAUCUGGGGAGUUCUUCCCACCUGCCCAGCUAGGGACAAGCCACCCCUGGAAGAGGCCUUCCUAUGUAUGCUCCAUAGCUUGGAUUUCAGGAGCUCUGAUGGCAAGUGCAUCAUGAGCCUACCUUAGGCUACCUCCCAGUCCUCCCACAGUAGGAAUCAGAUGAAUAGGAUGUCUCUGAGCCCUUGUUCCCAAAGGGCCGGCCAAGGGCUGCCUGCCAGCCUGGCUCCAUCAACCCUGCAUGACCAAAUGAUAGUUGGCGGGCUCUGCAGGCUGCUCAGGCCCUCUGCUACCUCCCACACUUGCCUGCUGGCAAGGGGUGGGCCUUGUUCUGUGAAUUGACUACCUUUGGAAAUGUGACCAGUUAGUGUGAAAUGCAUGUUUAGCAAGCAUUAGGUACUGUAUUUGAACCAAUA